UUAGAGGAGGACUUCCUGCCGGUCCGAGUAGUUACGAUACAAAUGCACGUUCCCGCGGUUUCACCUGCCGUUCCAUAGGAUGGUAUUUAUGCUUGGGGAGCAACACUGCAUCCCAUUAAUCAGAACCAUACGUACCGUAUCGUAAAGGAAAUGACAUGUACUAAGUGUUGCACCUAUCCAUUCAAGUAGUACCUCAGAAUACCCCUUGCCUAUCCAGGAAGUGCAGCAGAUCGUCUUGCGAUUGACAUCUGACAACUCGAGCAUUGAGUGGCAACUUGUCGUCUCCGUUCUCGUCGAGAGGUAGGAAGGAUCGAGACUGAGAAGUUAAAGGCGUAGCUUAUUGAGGUAGCAUCGUGCAACUGGCGAGUACCUGGUACAAUACAGCACGAGAUCAAUACAACGUAGCAAAAGUACUUUCAGUAUGCCGACGGGAAUGAACGAUGGCGGCGAAGACGACUCGACGAUGUUUGGGAUACCGGCAUCUCCAGGUUCUUUGAUGGGAUCAUCGAUCCGUAGCAACCAAGUCCAUUCCUUCGACAUUGAAUCUGAGUCAUGCUCCAUUGCAGGGGAGAACCCAGGCUGGAGGCUCGGUAUGCCGUGGUUCAGCAACAAUAACAACAAUAGCAGGAGUAACAACCAGCAAGAGCAACAACUAAAAACCAGGAACAACCCGGCAGACGAAGCAAGUCGGUAUUACGGAGGGAUAAUGAAAGCCGCUGGAGAAAUUGAUGUGAUGUCCCCAAUAUCCACGGGAUCGAAUGAGAGCCGCCACUUUCAAAGUUCUCGAAGAAACCAAAAACGGGCCAGUUCGUUUAAGGGCAGCAGAGGCUCUUUCCAUGGCAGCAGUAAGAUGAAACACGAGCGUCACUAUGCUACGAACAGAAGUGGCGCCGCCAACAACACGAUAAAUAGCAAUGGCAAGGCAUCCGUUCCGAUCAUUCGAACGAAAUCCAGCGCAGGAGAUUCAAUUGCCGACUUUGACGAAUCGGAAUGGACACCGCCCGAUUCGUCCUACGGAGCCGCUUGUCCGGUGUGUGGAUUCAUAUCGAAACGAGUGAGACAAAUGAUCGAAAUGACGCUAAUCACUGCUAUGAUAUUUUUUCUCAUCUAUCUUUUGGUCACAACAUCGAUGAAAAUUGCGGAAGCCCAUCGAAAAGAGGGGAACAACAACAGCAGCUCGACUUCAACGGUUGUAACUAACGACGAUGUAUACGUAGAAAAAUAUAGCAACGGAGAUGAUGCGGUAGUAGUGGACGAUCAGUACACUGAAAGUAUCGACGACGCGUAUGUCGACGAUGCAUAUAUCAACAACAAUGAUUACACAGCUGAUGACGAUGGAGGCGGUGGAUAUGCCAGUGAUCAAAGUUACAACAAUGACUUCAACUACAACAACCAGAAUUACAAUAAUUACAAUAGAAACAGACAGUACUACAAUUUCAACAACGAUGAUUUCAAUGGGGGUGAACGAGAUAGAAGGCAGCGGCGGUUGCGUCAUCCAAGAGAUAUACACGAUCGCGGCAGGGGAGGGGUCCAUCCAAACAACAAAAUAUUGGAUCGAAUAAAACAGCUCGUUUCUGACAGGACGGCUAGCUUCAUUGCCCACUGAAAUGUUGAAAUACUACUAUCAUAAUCUUCUUUUAUUUCAGAAAAAUCAUCAUUGUCUUCUUAAAAAGUACUUCGAAGUAGUGCUCGGUAUAGUAGGCCCGAGAGGACUAUAUAAAGACAAGCUACAUUC